UCACUUGGAUACUACGAAGAAGACGACAUCGAGGAGUAGUGCACCGUGGACUGCACUGUGGAAUUCUAGAAGGUUCUAUAAAUUAGCCUAGGGUUUAUAUUUAUCUUUCUUUUCAUUGUUACUCCCACUAUCCUACCUUCGUGACACACUUCUGAUAAGGUUAAUUUUCAGUUUUGGUUUUUUGGGCGGCUCCAAUGGCAACCUCUCAAAUCACUGCAUCAUUGAGGAACUUGCCUGCAUUUGAAAGGUUUCAACCUUCAGCGCUUCGAUUUUCUUCUGCUGGGCACGUCAGAAUUGGAACACUCACGCAACCCUCGUUUCCCUCUUUCGUUGUCAAAGCCGCCACUGUUGUUGCCCCCAAGCACACCACUGUUAAGCCUCUGGGUGAUAGAGUACUGGUGAAAAUUAAGGAUGCAGAGGAGAAGACUGCAGGUGGGAUUUUACUGCCAGCAAAUGCUCAAGGCAAGCCUCAAGGGGGUGAAGUGGUUGCUGUUGGAGAAGGGAAGUCGGUUGGGAAGUGCAAAGUGGAUGUUAGUGUGAAGACAGGUGCACAAGUUGUGCAUUCAAAGUAUGCAGGGACUGAGGUAGAGUUCAAUGGUUCAAAACAUCUUAUUCUGAAGGACGAUGACAUUGUUGGUAUCCUUGAAACUGAUGAGGUCAAGGAUCUUGAACCCUUGAACGAUAGAGUCUUGAUAAAGGUUGCAGAAGCUGAGGAAAAAACUGCUGGAGGUUUGUUGCUCACAGAGGCAACCAAGGAGAAACCAUCUAUUGGAACAGUGAUAGCAGUUGGUCCGGGGCCUCUGGAUGAGGAAGGUAACAGAAAGCCAUUGUCCGUCAUGCCUGGGAAUACAGUUCUGUACUCCAGAUAUGCAGGGAAUGACUUCAAGGGCAAAGAUGGUUCUGACUACAUUGCCUUGAGGGCCUCAGAUGUCAUGGCUAUCCUGUCCUAGUCAGAAUCAGUAUUUAGUAACAAAUAUUUUUUUGUUCUGUAACCAAAAUUUGAGUUAAUGUCGAGGGAAAUGGAUACUUAUGUUGUGACGACAGCUUGAAAUUGUAGCUGAUUGCAACUCUGUUCCUUAGACAAUUUUGCAUUAAAUUGAAACGCUUGAAAUAUGUUUAGUUUCUACGCCCUUUCAA